AUGCCCCGCCUUUUCACACCACCAGCGCUAUCACAGCCUCUCAGUGCCUCACCCUCUCACACCGACUCGGCUUCGACAGCAGCAGAGACGCCUCCCGAAGACCAGGAUCGCCACGGCUUACGCAGAAAAGAGGUGAAGUUUACCGACGAAGACGCUGCGAAUUCGGAUCUGCGCCAGUCCAGGAAGGAAGAAACCAACCAAGACAAGUCCCUGGCAGACCGCUUUGCGUUGCUCCUGAAUGCCACGACCGUUCGAAUAGAUGGCAAGGAAACCAGCCCUGAGAUCGACUCCGCCUUGCUCCAGAGAAAGGUUUGCCAGAGUAUUCGACUUCUAAGAGCUUGCUCUUUCUGCGGACAUGACAUUGAGGUCACCCUGGCCUAUGCUUGCGCGUACUUUCGACGGGUCCUGCCUUCAUUGAUCCAUCGCGUCGGCAGUCUGGAGGCUGUUCACAUAGUUGUCCUGCUGAUCUACAUGGCUCACAGCUUUGUCUUGGACGAGACCUGUCCGAUUGGAGAGUGGCACAAGUAUGUCUUUAAGAAGUACUGCUCGCUGAAGAAGAUGGAUUCAGCUCUGUUCCAUCUCCUGGAGCUCUUGAAGUGGCGGCUAAUGGUCGACGACGACGAGCAGGAGAUGUUGCUGCAGGCCAUCCAGCGAAAGGAGCACUGCAAAGAGUGCUUGAUUGGCAGCAUCCUUGGAAUCUUGGUACUGGCGGCUGUGAUCGUGAUCGUGGCCGUUGCGGCCGGCUCGCACCACGGAGGGGUCUCGCCGGGUCCAGCUCCCUCACCUCCGCCUUUGGUUUCUUGGCCUUUGCGUGGGAUCGCUUACGCAGCGUUGCCUUGCACUGCGGAUGACGCUUGCAAGAAACAGCUUCCGAGCGAAGACAUGAUGCAGCAGGGCUACAAGGCGCAGUGGGGCGCCAGUGGUCGAAACGACCUGGGCAUCAUCAAGCAGCUUGGUGCCAACGCCGUCCGCCUGUACCAUUCCAUGGGGAAGGGCCCUGCCACCGACCACAGCGGCUUCCUCGACGAGGCCUUGAAGCAGGGUCUGAAUGCCCUGCCUGGCAUUGACUCCGACCUCGGCAUAUACAACUGCACGGAGUUCGACUGCUACGAGACCGUCAAGAAAGUCGUCAAAACCGGCUUCUCCUUGGGAUUUGCCAAGG